AGUAACCAUGCUAAUUGAAUUCUGAUUUUGAUUUUUUGAAGAAUUGACCACUAUUAACAGUCUUCACUACAAGCAGACAGAUAAUAACACAUUCUUUAACGCUUACGUCAAUCUUCGCUAUACAAAAUGGAAACCGCCGUCCCCCUCCGUUUGCCUGUUGCUACAGCUGGCAUUUUGCUGUGUCCUUGUGGAUAUGGUCAUGCUUAUCAGAGGCCCAACGACCCGCUUUGGGCACAAGAGCACGUCGACGUCUCCAUCUAGAGUUUGCGGUCACGGAGGUCCAUCUUUAGAAGCUGCUCGGAGCCUGAAAGAACUCCUGUAGCACAUCGCGGCUAAUCUCUUAAGUGGACUCGUCGUUACGAUCAAGCGCAUCCAAAGCCAUAGAAAGCGAUGUCUUCCGCACCUUCAGCUCUGGAGUUACAGCGGCAGAGGUUCCAGGCUGCUGAACAGCAAGAUGGAGUCCGAUUUAGCUGGAAUAUCUGGCCACCAAGUCGCAUCGAUGCCACGAGAAUCGUGCUGCCACUGGGAUGUGUAUACACCCCUCUCCGACAGAAAAUGGCUCGCGUUGUCAGCUACGAGCCGCUUAUGUGUGGAGGCGGAACUUGGAGUAGUAGGGCGAACUUUGGUAGACAGUCGGACGACAGAAAUUAUGGUUGGCUUUUAUUCAACUUGUUUCUCGGCAUCUCGGUGCAAACUUUUGCACCCAUAGAAGAGUACUAUGGAAAAGGUGAGGUACCAGUAAUAUCAAUGAGGGGAUCCUCCAGAUAAAUAGAAGCACUCGCUAACGAAAGAACGAAUGUGACGGAGCUUUAAAUCCGUUCUGUAAAGUCGAUUUUAGGACCAAGCAUUGGACCUGCAACUUCUGUGGGAGACUAAACCAGUUUCCGGGAUUCUAUGCCGAGAGGAUAUCAGAACAGGCUUUGCCCUUAGAAUGCCAGUUGUCCUCGAUAGAGUAUCUGUUGCCGCAGGUGGCGCAUCAGGGAGGAACGGUUAUGAAGGAAAUUUUGACUUGGUAAUUAGGUCUAAAACCGUUGGUUUCUACGGCGCGACUUGACUUAAUCUUCAUAACAGUAUAAUACUGAGUGGAGAUUAUAAUCAAAUUUUUUUCCUCCACCAGCACUUGAACAAGCUUAUUCAUGGACGAUUACAACUAUAUGAAGGAUGCCUAAGCCUAAUGGAAUAUUCCUAAUAAGAUGACCCUGAUUCGAAUUCAUGACCCUCCUUUAAUAUAAAUGACUAAUAAUGCCUAAGCCCUUUUCAUUUCCUCCACAACACCAUCAAAAUGACCCUUUUCCUAAUUGAUAAUGCCCUUUUCAUUUCCUCCACAACACCAUCAAAAUGACCCUUUUCCUAAUUGAUAAUGCCCUUUUCAUUUCCUCCACAACACCAUCAAAAUGACCCUUUUCCUAAUUGAUAAUGCCCUUUUCAUUUCCUCCACAGCAGCAUCCACACCCGAUGCCCCCAUCUUCGUUUUCGUGCUGGACGUCGCUCUGAACAGCGCCGAGGAUGA